CCAAUGCUUUUUUUUGUGUCUGUUGAUAAGUGCAGAGCGCUGGUUAUUAAACGAUUCCAUGGCGGAGUGUCAAGAAAGCGGAAUCUCAUAAUAUAAAAGGAGCAAACUACUGGCCGAUAUCUGAAGAAACGGACAGUAGAUUUGCAACAGCAUGACACCGUAUGCAUUUGUUUUUGCCUAUAAGGCUUAGCAGUUAUUAUAUAACUGACCGUCGUUUCAAGGAAGGUAGCUUCUCUCACCUGGACCAGGCGUGGUCGCUGCCACCGUCAACUCCCUUUUCCUUGAUGGCAUCUAAUGUAGAAAAAGUAAAAGACUGCCCUCUAAUCUAGCAGCUUCAAAAAAAAAGAGAGAGCGUGUCGAGAGCAGCAGUGUUUUGUCAACUGACCAUUCCAUGAAUGAGGUAGGAUCUGUCUUACAUUCCUACUUCUUGUAAAAGUGUUCAAGUCAUCAAGUGAACCAAGGACUAGACUCAAGUGACCAACAACACAUCAUGCUAUUCGACUGCGAUGAGUGUAUGAAUCUUUCGGUUCAAAACAGUACAUCAAUGCCAUGUAAAAAGAGAAUUAAUUCUUACAAUGACAGCAAUCCAUAUAAAUGCCAGAUGUGCAACAUCAGUAAUAAGGGUGGCUGCUGUGGAGAUGAUAAUGAGGAGCAAGGGGAAUGUAUCAACCCUUCAUCCUGUGGAAGUACAUCAUCAUAUGGAGGAGACUGCUCUAUGUCAUGUGCGGAAAAGAACUGUAACUUUCAACUACCCCCACUACCAAUGCCACCACCCUUAUCAGGAAGAUCACCAAUGCAGGGUAAUCCACUUCCACCCAAGCUGUUUGACUGCAAGAUCUGCUGGAAAGCAUUCAGUCAGCGAUCCCAUGUUAGUGUUCACAAACAGAUCCAUUCUGCAGUUUUGCCCUACAAGUGUGAUCUGUGUGAAAAGAGCUUCCCACGUUUGCAAAACUUGGAACGUCACAAGAAAACACACGAGGAUGGCAAAUUGUUCAACUGUGAAGUUUGCAGUAAAAGUUUCCGCCAGCGAUCGCAUCUCAAGGCUCAUACCCGUGUGCAUUCAGGGGAGAGACCAUUCAAGUGUGAGGUAUGUGGUUAUGCAUUUUCUCGAAAUGGCAAUCUGGCCAGGCACAAUAAAAUGCACAGAUCCAAAAAGAAACACUUGUUUGAAAAUUCAUCAUCAGAAAAUGCUCUGGUUCUUCCACUUAAAAAUGCUUCGAAAAAGAAUGGCAAGUUACACAAAAAUGGUUUUCUUAACAAAAAUACAAACAAAGACUGCUUGAUUUACAAGAAAGGAAAUUUAUUAGACUGUGCCAUUUGUUGGCGUGUUUUCAGCCAACGUUCACACGUUAGUGUCCAUCGGCGUAUUCACAAGGCUGUUCAGCCUUAUCAGUGUUCACUUUGUGGCAAAUCUUUUACCCAGUAUGGCAACAUGCUAAGACACAAGCGUCUACAUAUGGGCGAACGUAGGUUUGUCUGCAAUGUAUGUCCAAAAGCCUUUACACAGCGUACACAUCUGAAAGUGCAUCAACGACUGCACACAGGAGAAAUGCCAUUUAAAUGUGGCAUUUGUGGUUUCUCUUUUACCAGGAAUGGCAAUCUCAUGCGUCACAUGCGGCUUCAUUCAAAGUUAGGGCAAUUUGGCCCUCCUGCAACGAACAUUCCUGAGACUGGACAAGCUGUGUUCCCACAAAACCUGCAUUUAGAUGAAGACGACAAGGAUGGAAGUAACUGCAACAUGGGUUUGGUGACUAAUCAAGGUGAGGAGUGCGACCAUGCAGAUGACACAGACAACAUGCAGUUAGACUGUGGUGCUUGCUGGAGGAACUUCACACGUUCACAGCAAGUGAGUAGCAGCAACAAAUGGAUGCAAACAUUUGCUUGCAACAUCUGUGGCAAAGGUUUUACCAACACGAAUGACUUGGACCGCCAUCAACGUGUACAUAUGCCUGGUGCCAAGCGAUUCCCAUGUGAAGUGUGCCACAAGACCUUCUCACAGAAAUCCCAUAUGAAAGCUCACAUGCGGAUACACACUGGAGAGCGACCAUACAAAUGUGAAGACUGUGGCUAUUCAUUUUCCCGUGUCGGCAACUUGAUACGUCAUAGGCGUGGGAACAAGAAGAAAGGAAAACGGUGGAGUUGUGUCAACAGACGCAACCUUGAAUCAGUUCCUAUUAGCAUCCCUAAUACACCCAUCAGUAUCACUUCAGCCACCACUACCUCCACUACAAACAACAACAACAACAACAGCAGUAACAACAGUAACAAUAACAGCAAUAACGGUGACAGCAACAACAAUAUCCAGUCAAGUGCUGACACCAAAGAGUUGCCCAGAGAAACUUCUCAACAAAACCUUCCCACCCAGAUGGUGACCAGUGGGGUGGAAGAGGGCAGUAUCACCCCUGUCACUAGCAGUGUUGCUAGCAGCAGCAACAGUAGCAGCAGUGAAAACCAAUCAGGUACCAGCCCUCUCACUCACCAAGUUGGUAUCCCACAUCAGAUGUCUGUCCACCCACGACACUCCAACAUGUCACACCACACCAGUGUGACUUCACAUCAUAGUAGCAGCUCAUUGGGACAGGAUCACCAGUUAGGGUUGUCUUCUGCACAGCAGCAGCAGCAGCAGCAGCAACAACAACAGCAGCAGCAGCAGCAACAACAACAACAGCAACAUGCAUCACUUCCACAACUUCCUCCACCCCCACCUCCACCCCCACCCCAGACACAUCACCAGCAUCAACCACAAACGCCACACCCAACAGGUAUGGGGGGUCAUCACCAUCCUCAUCACCCCCAUCAACCGCAACAACAGCAUCAUCAUCAUCAACAACAACAACAGCAACAGUCCCAUUCCCACCAUCAAUCACUCAGCCUCCCACCCCACCACCCAACCAGCGUCCUCUCGCAACACACAAAUGUCUCCACACAUCCACUUGGCAUGCCACAUCAUUCCAGCCUUCCACGUCACCUCAACAUGAUCCAACCCCACCCAGCGACCGUGCCACACCAGCUCAACGUGCUGCAGCAACACCAUCACCACCAGCAUGCUGGUGCUGCACCGCACCAGCUUGGCAUAUCACAACAGCUUAACCUCCCACACCACAUCAAUGUCCCACUCUACAUCAAUGUACCAACCUCCACAUAAAGGGAGAAGACGGUGAUAUAUAUAAAUACAAUCACACACAUACACACACACACACACACAGAUAUAUGAUUGAUUAAACUGAUGUAUCAUGUAUGCAUAUAUAUUUUAUAUUUCAUGUAAAUAUAUAUAUCAUAUGCAUAUAUAUGUAUAUUAUAUAUCAAUGUCGUCAUCGUCAUCAUCAUCAUCAUCAAUUUCAUAUAAACUUUUCCAUGCUUGCAUGGGUCAGAUUUUCAAUGGUCAGAUGCCCUUCCUGUUGCCAACACUUAGCUACUUCUGAGCAAGGUAAUAUUUCCCUUGGCCAAAUAUAUCUUAUAUGUAAAACUGGAAAUUAGGAAACAUAAAUAAACAUAUAUAAAUGCACACAUGCACACACACACACACACACAUGCACACAUUCACACACUAUAAGUAAGAAUAUAUAUGCAUCUCUAUGUCUUCUUCAGGAACUUUAAUCUUUUUAUCCCAUUUAAAUAGAAAAUAGCCACCUUUUUAGAUGUUAGAUAAGACCUACGAUCCAAAUUGCAUUAUCCCUACCCUAAACCCAUUGAGAGUCUCCAUUAUAUCCAUAAAUUAUCAAGUCAUUCCAAAUAUGUUACAGAAGGCAUAGUUAGAAAUAUUGGGUUGCCAGACAAAUUCAUUUGUUUUUUGUUUUUCCAUUUAUUUUAACCCCCUUUUUUUUAUCAAUAAUCUUAAAACAGUCAAUAAUAUAUUCUCCUUCACUAUUCACAACUUCUUGUCAAGAUUCCACUAGUUGUCAAUGUCUUUGUUGUAGAGAUCACCAAGUCUUGACUCAAAGAAUUCAUGAAGCCAUGUUUUCAAUUCCACAUUGCAGACUCUUAGAGAGUGACCAAAAAAAAAGGUGUUAAUCUGAAGUCACUAUAUCAGGUGUAUAUGGUGAGUGAAGUGGAACUUUCCAACCGAAUUACAUUUCUGAUCAAAUUAGAGAUGUAGAGGUGGGCAUUGUUGUGUUGAAGAAGCAAGCUAUGUUGCUGGUUGGAUCAUUUCAGCUGGAUUGCUGAUCAAAAGAAAGUGACAGGCGAUAGUAUUAUGAGAGUAUCCCAUCUGCUGGGCUAUUUCACUUGUAGAUUGGUGUGGAUCUUUGUGGAUGAGCUUGUUCAAUUGGUCCUUAUUGAAUUGAACAGGUCAGCUAGAACACAGAGAGUUUGUGAGAUCAAAUCUCCCUUCCUUGAAGCAUGCAAGACAUUUCUGUGCAUUUCUUUCAGUAAUAGCACAUUCUCUGUACACAGCACAAAUGUCUUGAGUGGUUUUGGCAGUUUUGGAACCACGAUUAUAUGUGAAGAGAAGCAAAUAUUGAAAAGGCUCAGUUUUUUUCUUCUUGGCACUCCUUUGUUGUACAUCUGAAAAUAGGUAAAAUUUACACAAAUUUAUAAAGCAAUAAACAAAAACUGUUGAGCAAGAACUAUAAAACACUGCAAUAAAAAAAAUUUGUGUUACUUUAAAUAACAGUAGAUAGAAACAAGUGAAUUCAUCUGACAACCUAAUAUAUUAAUUAGGAUAUCUAACUUUUCCAUGAAUGAAAGAAUCUUUAACAAUAAUACAUACUAUUCUAACAAGGUUUUCAACAGUUGCCAUUAUAGGAAGAAGGUUAAGUUAUUCACCAUUACACCCCCCCCACAC